CCAAGGAUAAGCCCCACUCCGGUAGCAGUGGAUACUUCUCUGGAGACUAGAGCUGGGAGCCUCUGCCAGGUCUUUAAAUAGCUGCCCGUUGACCUGGCCUCGGGCAGCAGUGGAUCAGCCCCCAUCUGGCGCUCAGGUUUCUCUCCUGGGAACUGGAAUCAAGGGCCAGGUCAGCUGCUGCCGGUUCCGUUCCCUAGGAGGAGAGUCUGCGGGGUGAAGGGAACCUGCCUAGAGCAUCACUACAGACCCCAACUUCCAGUUAUUGAUAGAAAGUCCCAGGGCCUGCCCUUUGCAUCUCUUCUCUCAGUGGAGUUGCCUGCCCGCAAGGACCUGAGGCCCAACCAGCACCCAAUGGAGGACAAGAAGAAGAAAAGGAGCCCCAAGCCUUGCCUCACUCAGCCAGCCCAGGCCCCAGGAACACUACGCAGGGUCCCUGUGCCCACCAGCCACAGUGGUUCCUUGGCCCUGGGACUCCCUCACCUGCCGUCCCCCAAGCAGCGGGCCAAGUUCAAGAGGGUAGGCAAGGAGAAGUGUCGCCCAGUGCUGGCUGGAGGAGGGGGAGGCUCGGCAGGCACUCCCUUGCAGCACUCCUUCCUGACCGAGGUGACUGAUGUGUAUGAGAUGGAGGGCGGACUGCUGAAUCUGCUCAAUGAUUUCCAUUCAGGCCGGCUGCAGGCUUUCGGAAAAGAAUGCUCCUUCGAGCAGUUGGAGCAUGUGCGGGAGAUGCAGGAGAAGCUGGCCCGGCUGCACUUCAGCCUGGAUGUGUGUGGGGAGGAGGAGGAAGAGGAGGAAGAAGAUGGGGUCGCCGAAGGGCUGCCUGAGGAACAGAAGAAGACAAUGGCUGACCGAAACCUCGACCAGCUGCUUAGCAACCUGGAAGAUCUUAGUAAUUCUAUACAGAAGCUGCACCUGGCCGAGAACGCCGAGCCUGAGGAGCAGUCAGCCGCGUAGGUCUUGGACGAGGCCCAGACUGCCUUUAUUCCUUCAAACUGUGAUUUUUUACGGACUCGACGGUCAUCCGCGCCCCCCAGGUGCUAUGGGGAGGGGGGCGCCCUGAUGGAAUAAAACCAGAAA